AUGUUGUCAUCCUCAACCUCAAGGUUCACUUUCAUUUUUAGGUAUUCUCUUCUCCAAAUCCCUAAUUUUCUUUCCUUCCCUUCCUCUUCAUCCCUUCACUCUCAUUCUACUCGCCAAGUUGAUGAAGCUUUUGAUUCCUUCACUCGCAUGCUCUCUAUGCGUCGCCCUCCAUCCAUCAUCCAAUUCACCAAGAUUUUGGGAUCUCUUGCCAAGACCAACAAUUUCCCCACCGCCAUUUCCCUUUUUCGGCAAUUGCAAGCCAGUGGAAUUGCGCCCAGCAUAUUCACUUUGAAUAUCUUAAUCAAUUGUUGCUGCGGCAUGGAUCGUAUGACGCUUGCUUUCUCUGUGUUGGCCAAGAUUUUCAGAAUGGAUUAUCAACCUGAUACGGUAACAUUGACAACAAUCCUGAAAGGUCUCUGUCUUUGUGGUAGUGUUGAAAAAGCAGUGUGCUUUCAUGACAGAGUGCUGGCUCAUGGAUUUCACUUCGACCAAGUCACUUAUGGGACCUUGAUUAAUGGGCUCUGUAAGACCGGACACACAUCAGCUGCUAUUCAAGUGCUGAGAAAGAUCCCACGGUAUGGAAUUGUUCCUAAUGUCUUCAUGUACAGCGCAAUUAUUGAUAGCCUCUGCAAGGAUACACUUGUAUGUCAGGCUUUUCAAUUAUUUUCUGAAAUGCUUGCUAAGGGAAUUUCUCCCAAUGUUAUCACGUACAGUUCUCUCAUUUUUGGAUUGUGUCUUGAGGGUCAAUAUAAGGAAGCCAUUGAUUUGUUAAGUGAUAUGGUGCUUAGAAACAUUACUCCAAAUGUUCAUACCUAUAGUAUUUUGAUCGAUGGGCUAUGCAAGGAAGGAAAGAUCAAAGAUGCUAAGAAUGUGUUGGCUGUGAUGACAAAACAUGGUGUGAAACCAAAUGUGGUUACUUAUAACAGCUUAAUGGACGGAUUUUGUUUGGUUAAUCAGGUAAAUAAGGCAAAAAAUGUAUUCAACACAAUGGCUGAUAAUAGAGUGUUACCCAAUGUUCAAAGUUACAAUAUCAUGAUUAAUGGCUUUUGCAAAAGUAAAAUGAUGGAUGACGCCUUGAAUCUCUUCGAAGAGAUGCGUCGCAAGAACUUUGUUCCUGACACGGUAACUUACAAUACUCUAAUUGAUGGCUUGGGAAAAUCAAGGAGAAUCCUUUGUGCCUUGGAGCUUCUUGAAAAGAUGCAUGAUCGAGGUCAACCCGCUAAUAUAGUCACUUACAGUUCUUUGAUGGAUGCUUUGUUCAAUGUCAAACAACAUGACAAGGCACUUAGACCAUCUCCAGUAGGGAACUCAUCCCAGUUCCUGUUUAUGGUCCACCUGUCAUAAAA